UUGCUUCUAAGGUUGUCAACAAUAAUUGCAGCACAAGGACUUGCAUUUUACUCAACAGAGAGGGUUCAUUCAUAUCCCUGUCAGUUUCUACUCAAAACACACACUACACAUACUGAUUAACACAGAGAGAUGGCAUGCUUUGAGAGGGCAUCACCAGCAUUGAGGGAAAUUCUCUUCAAGAUACACGGAGCUGAGAGGCCAUUGGAGAUAGAUCAUCAUGUGCAUGAGUUUGGGUCUGUCCACUUCCAUGUUCAGAGUUCAGCGUCGGAUCAACCCUACACGUACUUAUCAAUAUCAACACCUCUACUAUCCCAAGGACACCCGAUCUCAUCAGAACUUCCACAACACACGCUAGAGAUGGUUAGAGGAAUUUGCCCUGAUGUCGUGGAAAUUGUCGAGCCUUCAAGAGAAGGGUAUCAACUAACUUUGAAGAUCAACCAUGCAAGAAUUCCACACAGUAAAGCCUCCACAAAGAUGAUUACAGACAUAUCCUCAGUUCAAGCAGUAAUACUGAGCUCCCAGCUGAAAGAAAUUCUAAGGAAUGUUGAUUCAUACGAAAUAUCUUGUGGGUUAUAUAAACCAAUCAAACUCAUAUACCAUCCACGGGAACCAUUCUUUGUCAUCAAACAGCCAGCAAAAAUCACGGCAGUAUUUCCAAUGCGCUUCAAGGAAAAGGAAGAUGUGAUUAUCGCUACAGCCUUUUUUCAGGAACUCAUGGAUGUCGGAAGCUCAGGAGCAUGCACCAAGGCUCCUCAUUGCAUAUGGUCCCCUAUUCCGCCUCCAGAAUUAAGAGGAGAGCCCAUUCAAGACCUUAGCACCAACUGUGGAUUCGUCUCCUUUGAUAUUACUUCCCGUCAUGUGGAAGGCAAGAAACUAGACAAGACGGUGUGGAACUUACUGAACUUCUACGCAUUUGUGAAGUACCAUGUGAAGAGUACGAGGGGUUUUAUACAGAGAAGGAUGAGAAUGCGUCUUGAACGGUUGGUUCAGCCCUUACAGACAGCAGAACCAGAAGAAGAUCAACCGGUUAAAAAGAAAGCUAAAGGAUGUCGACAAGUGAGAAAGUGGAUAAGUGCCUCAAAGUCAAAAAUCCUUAAAAGGAAGUAUGACUUCACCAAUAAAAUUAAGAGGAUUCGUUCCAGAAUCAAAAUACAUGGCUUCGGCCGUUUUCGGAGACGGUGGCUGACAAUGCCCAAGUUUUCUCCAGUGACAAGGUACAUAAAGCUGGAGUAAUCUUUUGUCCCUCAAGUAAUAUCAACAAGCAGCAUAUGAUGUCUUGCAAUCAUCAUACUCUAUAAAGUGACAAGGUAUACAAACUUAGACUGUAACUGUUUCUCCUAUAAUGCAUGCAAGAAGCAUUCAAUGAUUGCAUCGGAGCGCUUCUCUUUUUCCAGUACUGUCGCGCUUUCGCCCUCUACCGAAAUCUUUUGUUGUGCAUAUUACCUUUGCAAAGACACUUUAAAUACACGGCUAUUUC